AUGUCGAUAAAAGGCUCAGACAACUACAGAAAGACGGAUUCUAGCCGUCAGUCAUCAGUGGAACGGUAUGCCUUUGGUUACACAAAUGAGCUUCAAAAUCAGGAAUGCUCAAUAUCACAAGCCAAAAGGCUACGUGAACGACUUCAACGACAACAGUCUGGACAGUCAGGACGUAAAUAUACUGGCGAAAGUAGCGAGUGUUCCUCGUUAGUUGGCACUCCUACUGAAAGUGGAAGAUCUUUUACCUUUGUUUCACCAACACAAAAGACACUGAAAGAUGAACGAAAUCCGUCGAUUAGUCAAAACCUCUCUGAACUGAUGCUAGAUGUUAGUGAUCUCAUUGCCAGUUAUGAUACAAGUUUAUUCUGCUCACCAAAUUUGUAUAAUUUUUGCCUGAAACUGCAGUUGAAUAAACAGAAUAAAAAGAGAUCUGUUAUUUUCAGUAAAUCAAGUGUGUGCGUGAGAGAAUUCUUGAACAAAAUAGCCAUACACUUUGAUGAUCUCUUUCUUGUCGAACGAACUUUGGCCAUGUAUUCCAACAAGCAACCCCUACUGUCGUCAUCACCAAGUGUUGGCAGUACCAAUACGUUAAGUGAUCUUACUCAAAAACGACAUCAUAGCCAACGGCGUUCUAACACAUCAUCGACUCUGUCGAUACAUUCGUCUGGAAAAUCAACAUGCGCCGUUUUAAAUACCCUACAUAUGGCUAUUGCACAUAAAAAAUACGAAAUUGCUCAACGGCUUCUUGAAUGGGGUUUUGAUCCAAACGCAUUAGCUAUGUGCCAUUGUAAAGGUGGUUGUACAGCUACUGGUAAUAUACCACUGAUGUCAAUUACAACAAGCAGAGCUCCAUCAGUUACGCCAGAACUAUGUACAGUAUGUGCUCAAUUACGGGUAGUUUCAAUUAUCAAUCAAACGCCGCUGGCAAUCGCUGUUCGAGCUCAAAGUGCUGAAAUUAUUGCACUAUUGACUGCAUAUGGUGCUGAUCCAAAUCUUUCCGACGAAGAAGGCAACACACCGCUUAUGAUUGCAGUUCGAGAAUGUCCGUCCAGCAUUAACAUUCUUUACGCACUAGUUUUUUUUGGAUCUCAGAUAGAGUUAAAAAAUGUUCGCGGUACCAGUCCAUUGGAUCUUUCACCGGAACUUCGGAAAGUACAAGCAAGGUGUAUUGAAGAUCUUUUCUCAAAAGCAUGCUGUGUCGGUAUGAAAAGUGAAUGUAAGGAAGAUUCGCGUCGUCUAGCCCAAAAAACGUCAACUCCGCUAAAAAAUAUUCUUGUAAAAAAUCUUUCAACUACACCGUCUGUCAGUGCAACAUCGUUGAUUGAUGCUGCGUUGGUGAGAGACAGAAGUUUGAAGAGAAAGUCGCAAAGUUCCACCCAGUUAUACAAGAAACAAAUUCCUGUCAGAGAAGAAGAAAGAAAUGGCAAUGACGACGCCGUCUGGCCAAGUGCAUGGGAAAGAGCUUGGAUAUUGCUAAAAAAAAUGGCCGUUAAUCCCGAAUGUCUUGAAGUCAUAAGGGUGAUGAUGCAAAAAUAUGUUGGAGACAUGGAAGUAAGCCCUUUCAUCCCCGACAGAGAUGCAUUUGAUGGCCACUUGGGCGGCUUACUUCAUCGUAUGCUUCAGACAUCAAUCGCUGAAUAUCAGUCUGCAACUCCAACUUACCGUGAAGCAAAAAAACUGCAUCUUCUUGACAUUCUUUCUUCACUGGCAAAAUUUUGCUUUCAAUACUUGCAAAAAGAAGGCACAUGUCGUCAGUUUGCAGCAUUGAACACUUUAAACAAAGUAACCAAUCAACUUGUACAUGCUUCCUAUAUAGCCAGAAAAAAGACGACAUUUUGCAGAACUGUUGUCUUUCAGAUCAUUGAUGCCGGACUGGUGCACGAACUGUUUGUAUUUCCAGAUAUCACUUUUUAUUCAUCUCGUUUUCUGAAGAAAAAUUCAACCUACGAAGAUGAAUUUUCGGAAGUUAAUUCACUUUGCGAUUCUCUGCAACCGAGCGAUGAUCAAAAGUCCACGGUUGAUCAUGUUUUUUUUUAUUCAUGCGAAAAAAAUGGGCACGAUUUUCCUGGACUUUUUCAACGUCAUCCUACCAGAAAAUUGGAUCUUAUUGACGUUUUUGCAAGUGCACAACCCAGCCAGAGUAAUUUCAAAAUAUCUGCAUUCCAAAACUGCUUGGCUGUUUUAGUCGUGGCCUUUUUAUGCAAUGCGCUGACAGUAGAACGGCGUGAAGCCGGUAUGCGUCCAAUAUGUAGUCCAGCUCAUCGAUGGCGCCAGUGUUGGAAACAUUGUACCCAAGUACUGAUAGCCAGACUUAUGUUGUUCUUAAGCCAUAUAACGUCAUUCAGAGCUGGAAUGUCGUGUGAGGAACAGUUGAGUCCUUUAGCAAAACUGCUGGAUCCAACGCUUGACCCGCAACUUCUCUGCCUACUUCUCCAAACGUUGGCCUUGUUAGCACUUGACCCAGCUACGCACAAAUUAUUUGUCGAACUAGAUAUUGACGACAAAUUAGUUCAGCUCAUUCUACCAGCAGAUGACUGUCGAACCACUAAACAGUAUCACACAAAUCAUAGCACUUGUUACGGUCGUUAUGUGAAAUACCACGCUGCAAGAAUUCUUGUAUAUGUUGGGAUGGGAGAUCGUGUGAGCAAUCGUGUUAGCAUUUUUCACUUUUCAGGCUCUGAAUGUAGCAUUGGUAGACACACGAUCCAACCCGACGAGGAUGACUGCAUAUGUCAAACAUGUUCGACGCCGAAUACCUUAGACAGAUUAGACAAAAGGUCAAUUUCGGUGGAACAAGUGCUGCUAGAAAUUUUGGAAGAGCUGGACAAAAAAUUGCAACAUAAAGCCUCUGUGGAUCCAAUUACAGAAGAGACGUCAAAUGUUGUUGCUACAACGUCGGAUGGGACGAAGGAAACAGAGAAGGAAGAGGCAGAGAAACGGUCGCAGUGGGAUGAGCAUUCAGACGACUCAAGCGUUAUUUUAGAAAAUUUAAGAGAACAUCUUUGCAAAAUUUCUAUUAUCGUUGAUCCUAUGUUGAUUCUUAGACUACUACUGCACAAACUGAUUUGGGACCUUAGCGUAGUGAAAAAAAAAGUAGCAGUCAUUGAUUCUCUGAAAGUUGGUAUGUCGAGAAUACGGUACAGCGCCAGCUUAGGAGCAAACAUAAGCAAAGCUGGCAAGAGCGAAAAACGAUAUGGAAAAGACGAGAAUUACUUGACAGUAGGUCGAUGUAGUUCCAGAUCGUCUCGGCGUGUCAAAAUACGCAGAACUAGUUCACUGGAUCUUCCAGAAACCAACAGGUUUAGCAGCUUUAUCAGAACGAAAGAAAGAAGAAAAAGACUUGGGACUGAUACUUCAAGUAGUUCAAAGUGUUCAAGGAAAACUGGUUCUAGCGUUUCAAAGCACUUUCCAAAAUACAUUAAGACACUACUUCGCAAACGUACCGUUACCGAUCCAGUUCGCAAACAUCCUCCAAGAGAUUCUAGCGUAGACAGUAACACGAGCGAGUCGGAGAUCCUAGAGUUUGCGCGAAAAUUACAAAAUUAUCCACUGACUAGAAGAGAGGCCUUGAGGCAGGCGAUGAUGCAAAGCGGUGAACAGGACUCCUUUAGCGAUAAACCCAAACCGACCUGCAACUUUUUGCCUGAACUUGAGGUUCAAGCCGCAUCACCACCACGGUCUCCUCUACUGUUAAAUCCAAAUUCUAUGGAAGAAAACAACAGUAGCAGUUUAGUGCCUAAUCUCUUAGGAGAAAGAAGGCCAUCAUCACCGCAAGCCAUUCCCGGAUUACCACUUAUUGAAAUUCGAAGGCCGUCAGCACUAUCACAGAUUGAGUUUGAUUAUUUCAUCAAUUCACCAGAGAUGACAUGCAGUGACGUCUCUGACUGCUCUCCUUUAUUGCUUACCAAUGGUGUACAGAUGUCGCGUAAAUCUUCAGACGAAAGCUCAAUUGGUGGUUGGAGUUCACGUGCUUCGUCAGUUAUGAGCCAAAGGUCUUCUCGUUCAAGUGCAUGUAUGCGAUUAUCGACAUCAUAUUCCAGAAGAACAAGCAAGGCAAGCAUAACGUCAGAUAAUUCCGGUCUGUUUCUUUUCCGGUUUGCCGUGCGUAAACGGGCUUCAACUGUUGGAACUAGAAUUCCAAUUCCACGUCGUGCUUUGAGCCCUUUGUCACGUAGUUCGGCCAGCGACAGCUUAAGGGUUUCAGGUCGAGAGAGCCCUUUAUUUCCUGUGAUAAGUGAAAUGAAUCCCGAUUUUCACUGUGUGCGUCAGCUGGUCGUCGAUCUGUUGGGACUGUAUUCGAACAAAAGACCAAACAUUGUUUCCGCAGUUGAAGAGUGUGCAGAAGUGAUGCGACAAAUACUGAGCUCGCCACAACAUCCAAAGAUCAAAAGUUGGUACGUGAAAUUUGUCAGCUUUUGUACGUCCACUUUAGUGAGUCAUUUGUUAAAGCGAUAUGGGGAAAAUUUCUUCGCUGCUGGAGCAAUGCAAUGUAAUCCAAUGCAAAGCACAGACAUUCAGUACGGUUACGACGGUCUACUCAUAUAA